CUGAUGCUCACCCUGCAAUGGACGACCCGUUCAUUCGACAUUUCCUCGAAAUACGCCUGGGUGGGAGAUACCAAAUUUGUCAACGGAUAGGCUCAGGCUCGUUUGGAAAAGUGUACAUUGGGCACGAUGUUUCUACAGAUGAUGUGGUCGCCAUCAAACUUGAGCACUCUUCAAUUUCACCCUCACACCUACGCCAAGAGAUCGAUAUAUAUGAGGAGUUGAUAGGACAACCCGGCAUCCCUCGAAUGUUCUGGCAUGGCUACCACUGUGAUUUUCAGGCUUUAGUGUUUGAACUAUUGGGUCCUAAUCUGGAGGACCUCUUGCGCUAUUGUGAUGACAAGUUCUCACUCAAGACCACGUUGAUGUUGAUGGAUCAACUCCUCCAUCGAAUUGAAAGUCUCCACGUGGCGGGAUACCUCCAUCGCGACAUCAAGCCUGAGAACUUCCUCCUAGGCACUGGUAAGCAGGGCAACAUUGUGUACAUGACUGAUUUUGGACUCGCCACCUAUCGGAGGGAUUCACACCGAGUCUUGAGUCACAAGCCUGCGACCAGCCCCCAGAUUUCCUUGGUCGGCACCUGCCGCUAUGCCAGCAUCAACGGCCACUUGAACGUGGCUCCGUCACGGCGUGACGACCUUGAAUCGCUGGGGUACAUGGCCUUGUAUUUUCUUCUGGGGUCGCUUCCCUGGCAAGGUCUAAAGGCACCCAGUCAGCAGGAAAAAUACGGGCUUGUUUUCGAGCGAAAGAAGACAAUCAAUGUGGCCGAACUGUGCCAUGGCCUGCCUUCGGAGUUUGCCACCUACAUGAGUUACAUUCGUGGAAUGAGUGACCAGGGCCAGCCAGAUUACAAGUAUCUCCGGAGCUUAUUCGGUCGCCUCUUUCGCAGCAAAGGUUUCGAGUAUGACAAUGUGUUUGAUUGGACGAUUCGAGAGUUUGAAAAACAGUCAAAAAAGGGCCAGCAACGUCCUGUGCCCUGCUCUGACAUUGGGGAGCAGAAGAUGCAGCGGGCCCCUGCAGGCAGACGUGACCGAAAGAAGCGUCGAAGAAGGGCCGAUGCGAAGGAAUCAUAGAUGGACAAGGCCUUCGACUGGACUACUCGGAAAUUCCAAAGGCUGGAGCCUGGCGC